ACCAGUGCGUGUCCCGAGCGUCUGCGGUUCAGGCUGACUGAGUGACUCUAUCAUCAGAAUUUCGCCUGUGGCAGAAGCCUGUGAUUGGGUCCGAACGCAGAGCUGCUCCCAACUUUAACAUGCGCCUCAUGAACGCGCGCAGGAGAACGCUGUAGGAUUAUCGGGGAGAAAUAUCGCUCAUCAUCACCUCGCGUUUUCUCACUGACACGCGGGCGAGUGUGUGCGCGCGCGUGCAUGUGAGCGUGUGUGUGUAUGUGUGUGUGUGCGUGUGUGUGUGUGUGCGUGCGUGCGUGUGUGUGUGUGUCUGUUUAAGCCUAACUUUUUAAAAGGAUGAUAUAUCUUGGAUAUUUCCUGUUUCUUUUUUGUGGGAUCACGCGUGUCAUGGCAAGUUACCCGAUAUGGUGGUCUCUGGCGGUGGGACACCAGUACACUUCUCUGGGUACUCAGCCCAUCCUGUGCAGCUCAAUUCCUGGUCUGGUACCCAAACAGCUCCGCUUCUGCCGUAACUAUGUGGAAAUCAUGCCUAGUGUGGCAGAGGGGGUGAAAAUCGGCAUCCAGGAGUGUCAGCAUCAGUUCCGAGGCCGCAGAUGGAAUUGCACGACUAUUAAUGACAACCUUGCCAUCUUUGGACCAGUGCUGGAUAAAGCCACUCGAGAAUCAGCAUUUGUCCAUGCAAUUGCCUCAGCGGGGGUAGCUUUCGCUGUGACGCGGGCUUGCUCUGAGGGCUCCGCCACCAUCUGCGGCUGUGACACGCGGAGGAAAGGACCGCCAGGUGAGGGCUGGAAGUGGGGUGGCUGCAGUGAGGAUGUGGAGUUUGGCAGCAUGGUAUCCCGAGAGUUCGCUGAUGCUCGUGAGAAUCGUCCAGACGCUCGCUCAGCUAUGAAUCGUCAAAACAACGAAGCUGGACGUGUGACAAUCACUGACCACAUGUACCUGAAAUGUAAGUGUCACGGCCUUUCGGGCAGCUGUGAGGUGAAAACCUGCUGGUGGUCGCAGCCUGACUUUCGGGUUAUAGGUGACUACAUGAAGGACAAGUAUGACAGUGCAUCAGAAAUGGUGGUGGAGAAACAUCGGGAAUCGCGAGGCUGGGUCGAGACCUUACGACCGAAGUACACCUUCUUCAAGCCCCCUACCGAAACUGACCUUGUCUACUAUGAAAGCUCACCUAACUUCUGUGAACCCAACCCAGAAACCGGCUCCUUUGGCACCCGCGAUCGUAUAUGUAACCUGACAUCACAUGGUAUCGAUGGCUGCGACUUGCUCUGUUGCGGCCGAGGCCACGACACUCAAACUGAGAAACGCAAGGAGAAAUGCCACUGCAUUUUUCACUGGUGCUGCUACGUGAGUUGCCAGGAGUGUACACGAGUUUAUGAUGUCCACACCUGCAAGUAAGAAACCACCAAACCAAAACCAGAUUGGACCAGACAUUUGGGGUUGUGAACAUGCAAGGGCCUUUUGUCCAAAACUUGUGGACUGAGUUGAAUUGAGUUGUUUGUGGUUCCACUAAUAAGAUAAUCACCAAAAAGGGAUACAGUGGACAGUGAAGUAAUUCUAGAACACUUUCAAAGAAUGCUGUUUCAACAAACAAAAAGAAAAACCCAUAAAGGCUUGGUUCUCCAUUGUUGAGGACAAAUACAGGAUUGUGGCUCAGCUCUGGAAGGGACUUAUCAUUUCCAGUCUGAUACAGGAGGGGAUAAGUGAUGCAUCAGAUUACUAGAGGCCCUUGGGACCUUGACCAAUUGUGUCACAAGGAAAGAACAGAAACCUUUCAAAGGGAGAGGUUUUGUAGGCACGUGGCAGCAAACCCAGAUGGGUCAACUUUGUAACAGCAAAUGCAGCACAAACUGAAUACCAGGGUUUGCCCACAAGCGCCUCUGAUAGUUGCAUUAUUAACGAUAGCCUUACUACUAACACCAUUAAAGAAGCUAUUUGUAUCUUUUUAAAACAAAGUGCAUUCCAACAUUCCUGAAUACCAGCAAACAACCGAUUAACAAAUUUCUUUACGAAAUAAUAAUACAUGUCAUGUUGUCUCUGUGUGUAAGACCAAACACUGAACUUAUGCAUUAGGUUGAGUUUAUUGUAAGUUACUAGCGUUACGAAUGCACUUGUGAAUGUCCAUGCAUUGUCUAUAGUCAUUGUUAUCUUGAUAUGAUUUUAGAACUCAUCGCAGUUGUUUAGAGUGCCAUUAUACUUAUACUUGAUUGCUUGGUCCAAACCAGAGUUCAGUUGCUCGCCUUUUUCCCUGCCCCUACUGGAUUGUGUUUACACUGUAUUUUUGGGUCCAAACGGUGGUAAACGUGUGUCAUCAAAACAGCAGCUGUUUUCCCCUGUUGCUAGAUAACUACUUAGGAGAAGGCUGCAAAAUGGACAGCAUUUCUCAGUUUUGUACAUUGGUUUUUUAACCAUUGGGCUGGUUUCAAUAGAGUUAACACAGAAUGGCACUUGAGUCUGUCUGCCGUGAAUAUAUUGCAAAGGUUCCAAAGAACAAUCACAUAAUUUGACUAUAUUAUACAGGUUUACUUAAGCGAUGUAGGACGAUUGGGUUAAAAUCUGCAGUGAAUUUAACUUGUGGACUCGUACCACCUUAGUUCAGAAAGCAGCAAUCACAUCAUCCAAACAAGCUGAAAUCUGACUUCAAACUAACCCAGUUGUGCACCAGAAGUGCUAGAGUGAAAGCACCCAGUUUUCCCCAAAGAUCAAUAAUCUACGACAGCUAAAACAAGCAGAUGUGAGCACUUCUAUCUUCAAAUGAAACAUGAUAUUCAUUUUCCUUAUUUGUGUGUGACAAUAUUAAUGAUAUUUCACAAACAGAGAGGUCCACUACAUUUCAGAAUGAUUAUGCAAGGUAAUAGCAAAUUUAAUAGCCAUUAUAUGUGAAUUCAUGACCAAAAUUAAUGUUUUUUUUAUUAUUAUUAUUAUUCUAACUUUUCCUACAUCGUUGUACAUGAAAGUUAGCAGCAGUGCAGAAACUAAAUGAACUACCCUCAUUUAUAAUGCUGCUAACUAAUAACAGGUUUGUUGUUAUAUUUAUGCGUGAUUAUGUGCUUGUGCAUUUGUGUUUCUCAGUGUAAAUCUACUGAAUGUGUCUUGGUAUUUGUAUGUACUGUACAUUUGUCUGUAUAUGUGCAUGACUCUUUGUUUUCUUCUUUCUGUGAAAGACACUGUGUAAGCAUAGUUAAGAACUAAAAUGUGAAGUUUUCUACUAAUGGAAUCUUGAUAGAAAGUUUGUGUUCAUUAACCAAAUAGAGAUAUUCUAACACUUUUGUGAGUCCCUUUGAACAAUAGCUUAUAAAACAUUUAAUGUAUGCAAAAUAAGAUGCAUAUUGUUUUAUUAAAAGCCACAUAUUUUGACAAAGUAGCAUCGAAAAAUGAUAUACAACCAACUUUCUGAAGAAAACAUCAUACCUAUGGUCCAUUCACAAUUGUGAUAUUACAGUUAAAAAAAAAAAUAUUUGUAACUAGUAAACAUUCUCUGACUAUUAACUAUAAGUUGGUCUAAUAUUGCAGGGAAAUGCGAGAAGGCAGAGAUAAAACCCCAGCUUAUAAAAUUCUUUGGCAGACGUUCUUUUCACAGAUCUUUCCUCAAAAGAAAAUGAACUCAAGUUUCCUCUUGCCUGUCUCACACUGGUUUAAUCUCUCAUCAAUCAGGGAUCAUUUCAAAGCACAUGCUCUGUUCAGUGUUCCACAAAGCUUUAUUUAACAUAAUGAUCUGCCCCUAACUACAAAAUCAAUACUUCAAGUUUUUAUGUGUACAUCACUGCAUCUAAAUCUCAUUUGUUUGCUUCCACACAGUUUAAUUUGUAUUCUAAACAUGGUCUUAAAUUCCAAAGGUUUGAACGGACUAGUUCUCUGUAUUUAUUUAUUUGUUUUUGUUUUUUAUUAUAUACAUUAUUUUGCUGUAAUGUAUAUAUUACCAAGAGUAUAUAUUUGCUGACAAAAGAUUAUUACUUAUGAGGAAAAUGUUGUUUUGUGUAACAGUUUUACCAGCAACCAGAAUCUGCUGCUGCUUCUUUUUUCACUGACCACAUAGGAUGCACUGUAUCUCCUGCUCUCUGUUAUUAGAAUUCUAGAUGUUAAUGUUUUAACCAAAUUAAAUAAAAAAUACUCCUCUGUCAUUGACUUUGGAUUCAAAUGUGUUUUUGCUUUAUGGACCCAGAUUUGACAUUAGACAUCAAGUUACAUUCCAAAGUUUUA